UUUUGAGUAGAGAGUGUCAUGAGUGAAGAUCAGAGUACUCAAAAUGGAAUGAAACGAAUUAAUAAAUAUAGCCAUAUAAAUAAUUAUAUAGCUAUAUUGUUUUUUUUAAAGGUCGCUAGGCUUUUUCUGGAGGGGCCAGAGAGAGCGUUCCUCGUUUCCAGGGGAACAUUACGAAAGACGGACUGUCAUUUGUAAACAGUCCCACGUGUGCCAACGAUGACGUAGCUCAUGGUGUCAACAGGAUGAGCUAUAAACAGCCUGUAACUCAGGCAUCUCUACACGAAUUGAACAUUAUUUUUACAUCGAACCUCUAUUCAAAUUGUAAAUAUAGAGACAGCCCUGGGUGUAGCUAUGAAAUUGCUAUUUCUUGCAUGCCUCAGUCCAAAAACGGGAAACUGCACCACAGCCGAGAGAAUAAGGGCACACAUUGAAUCAGCGGGUCACACCUGUGAGCUUCGAGAUGCUGCGGAUUUCAAGUCAUCGGCAGAGGUGGCCAGUUUGAUAGAACAGAAGCCACCCUUCGAGGGUGCUAUUGCCAUUCACCUGUUCAAAGGAGGCAGGCUCCUUCUAGGUGAAGCUACAGUACCUUCAGAAAAUACUCAAGUGCCCUUUGGAGUCGUCUUCGGAGGAACAGACAUUAAUGAAGAUGUGAAAGUGGAGCAGAAGCGUGCAGUUAUGGAGCAGGUGUUGCUGAAAGCCAGAUUUGCUGUUGCAUUUACCGACAAAUUGAAAGCAGAGGCUGAAGUAUUUCUGCUGUCCCAAAGCAGCAAAAUCCACGUCCAGCCUCAAGGGAUCAAGACUGAGGCGGCUCAGAGUUUCUGCUGGAGUGAAUUUCUAAGGCGCUCAGGUGUGAGUGGGGAGGAUGUGGAGGACCUGCAUGUGUUCCUACUAGUCUGUGGCCUGAGGAGAGUGAAGGAUCCUCUCUAUCUGCUGGAGGCAUUCUCAGAGUGGCACACUGAGAAUCCCCUGGUAGUGCUCAUCAUCAUCGGACCUAAGAUUGAUCCUGUGUUUACUGAAGAAGUAGAAGCAAUCAGUAAAAGGUCAGCGGGGGUUUACCUGGCCCAGGAGAGAAGCCAAGAGGAGCUCCAUGCUGCUAUGAGGAGGUCAGCUGCCCUGGUGAACAGUUCAGUCUCCGAGGGGAUGUCCGCUGCCAUUUUAGAGGCAAUGGACCUGGAGGUACCGGUGGUGGCUCGUGACAUCCCAGGCAACACAGCGGUGGUGCAACAUGAGGUCACUGGUCUGCUCUACUCGUCCCCUCAGGAAUUUGUGCGUGUAUCUCAGAGGCUGCUGGUAGACGGAGAGCUGCGGGAGCGUGUGGUUGCGAACGGGAAGCGCUAUGUUGAGGAGCACCACAGCCUGGACCAUGAGAGGGAGGCCUACCAGAGGCUGGUGGACACGCUACACUAAGGCUGUACAGAAUAACCAGGUCCUCUGUCUCAACCUUACUUUCUCUCAGGAACAACUCUAAGGGCUCUAUUCGAUUCAUCGAUACAGAUUCAAUAGAGCCCUAAGUUAGUGACACAGGCGGAACUACACAAGCAGAAGAUACAAAUCCAUAUCCAGUUUGGGUUAGUGCUAUCCUGGAUCCUUGGGACAUACAGUGGGGCAAAAAAGUAUUUAGUCAGCCACCAAUUGUGCAAGUUCUCCCACUUAAAAAGAUGAGAGAGGCCUGUACUUUUCAUCAUAGGUACACUUCAACUAUGACAGACAAAAUUGAGAAAAAAAAACAGAAAAUCACAUUGUAGGAUUUUUUUAUGAAUUUAUUUGCAAAUUAUGGUGGAAAAUAAGUAUUUGGUGACCUACAAACAAGCAGGAUUUCUGGCUCUCACAGACCUGUAACUUCUUCUUUAAGAGGCUCCUCUGUCCUCCACUCGUUACCUGUAUUAAUGGCACCUGUUUGAACUUAUCAGUAUAAAAGACACCUGUCCACAACCUCAAACAGUCACACUCCAAACUCCACUAUGGCCAAGACCAAAGAGCUGUCAAAGGACACCAGAAACAAAAUUGUAGACCUGCACCAGGCUGGGAAGGCUUAA